AGUUCUGUUUGACGUCUCCGGCCUGUGCUGGAAUGCCCAAGCAACCAGCAAGCUUUUUCCCAACAACUGCUAUAGACCAUGCAGCUGCUGGACUUGGUGCUGGCGUAGUUUCUACGCUCUGUAUGAAUCCGCUGGAUCUUCUCAAGGUCAAGUUUCAAGUCGCCACGUCGUCGUAUUCAGGAGGAAUUGGAAAACAAAUCUGGUAUGGUUUGAAGGACAUAUAUCGAGAAUCCGGAUUCAAAGGUCUAUAUCGCGGGGUGGGUCCCAAUGUUGCGGGUAACGCGUCGAGUUGGGGUCUAUAUUUUCUAUUUUAUAACAUGCUCAAGAAACGAGCGGCCGGAGGUGACAUUACGCAAACGUUGUCCGCACAAGAAAUCCUUUUAUGUUCCGCCCAAGCAAGUGCUGUUACCGCGGUCAUGACCAAUCCCAUAUGGGUUGUCAAAGUUCGAAUGUUCACUUCGCCUCCAGGUUCACCACAAGCGUAUCGGGGAUUAUUCCAUGGACUCAAAAACAUUGUAAAGGUUGACGGCGUGCAAGGCCUAUUUCGAGGGACGUCGCUGGCUCUGGUUGGAGUUAGCAAUGGCGCACUUCAGUUUAUGGCAUAUGAGAAGAUGAAGAAAUGGGGCUUCGACAUGAAACGCCAGCAAUUUUUCAGAGAGGGGCGGGAUUGGAAUCCUCAGGUUGACAAACUAUCAAACACAUCUUAUACUGUGAUGUCUGCAUCCAGUAAACUCCUGGCACUUUCUGCGACAUACCCUUAUCAAGUUGUGAGAUCACGGAUUCAGAAUGAUCCGCAACUUUACCCGACUAUUCGUAGUACAAUAUCUCGAACAUGGUCUCAGGAAGGUUACAAAGGCUUUUACCGGGGUCUUGCCACAAAUUUGGUUCGCAUACUCCCGGGCACUUGUGUGACGUUCGUAGUUUAUGAAAAUUUGGCAUGGCUGUUGCGGUCCACAGCAGCAAAAAGAGACUAAUUUAGAUCAAAGGAAAACUGGCAAAAACUUACCUAGAUAUCAUAGCAUAUUGAUGAUGUUCUAAUCUACCGGAAAGUAUAAUUCGCAAAUAUGAUUCAACUACGAAAAA